AUGAGUUCAGAAUCCGAAGAAGACAAUGACAGAUCAAAUUAUUUUCAAUUACGUACGUGCUUUGAUGACGAUUGCACACAUUUUUUACGAAAGUUGUUAGAAAGUUACUUUCCGACUUGUGCAGACCUUUUGAAAGAACUUCCACGUGAGAUGUUUCAAUCAGAAAACCCAAACGGUAUUAUUUCACGGAAGCAACAUUUAUUAAUUAAAAAUGAAACAGUCAUUUCAAAAAAAUUUAAAUUCGAAUUACUUUGCAACAUAUUGAGGACCGGAGUGUGCGACAAAUUUUUUUCUUCUCUUUCUCUUGACACCCUAUCGGACGAUGCAAGUUCGUUAGAACAUCAGAGCAUUGGAGACAAUAUUGAAAAAAUGUGGCAAAUAUGGGUCCAAAAUUUAUCAAAUAACGAAGAAGAGGAAAUAUCCGACAGUGACAAAGAAUCUAUUUGGAACACAUUAAUAAAAGUCGCAGACUGUAUGGCUAAAGUUUUCCCGAAUUUUGGAAAGAAAUUCUUUAAGAAUAUUGAGAAGAAAAAAGAAGCGGAAGAGGGAAAAUAUGGUAAUUCCAAUCAAAUUGGCGAAAAGAACAAAAUUGAACAUACUAAUUUGGAAAAUUCGGCUGAAACUAUUGUUUGUAACCAGUAUGGUACCAAAAAUAAGAUUUCUUCGGAAAAUGUAGCUCAGCAUGCUGUAAAAACUUUCAUAUGUAAGCAACAGGGAGGAAACAACAAGAUUGCUAUAACACUUGACAAUCAGACAAAAACCGAAUUUGAUAUUGAAGGAAAAGGUAUGAGACUAACUUUGCACAGUACAGAUCGAAGCGUAUUUCCAGAAAUUGCAAGUAGAAUUGGCAGGUUAUCAAUCAGGGAACUAAAUGAAGAUCAAUGUCUGAAAGAAAAUGCAGUAGAAAUAACUGCUAUUCAAAAUGCAUGUCUUAUAGUGGAUCUAAAAAUCACGGGCUCGGACAUAGAGGGAUCUAUGGGUAUCUUACUGGAAUGCCUCAUGCAGAAGAGCAAUGCAUAUCAAAUUCUUAUUGACAAUGACGUGUCUGAACUCAGUGUAUUCGGAUACUAUUACCUGCCUCAGAAUUACAUAGACACAACAGAUUUGAAGAUGAAUUUUAUUCUGUUCAAUCAUGUGACAUUAACUUUAAAGAGGACAAUAGGUGACAUAGAUGUAUUUGUAUCGGAUUCCCUGCAUUUGCUGAUUCAUAAUAGCUUCAAAGCAGACGUUGACGAAAACUUGCGGGUUCAAAUCAAGGGAGAUAUCGUAGAUCCACAAAAUCUCAGAUUCAAGGACAUUCAGGGAGCUUUUACCAACUACACAGAAAAGCAAUUGGCAACAAUUAAUUAUUGGCUUGAAUCGGAAUGCCAUCUGAAAAUUAUAAAGAUAUUAAGGCAAAACUCAGUGACCCAUGUCAUUCUAAAAACAGAGUCCUGUAUUACGUACGGAAGUCUUACUGAAAAGAAAGGACCAAUUGUUACUCUGCUGCAUAAAAUUUUCGAAGCAGAAGGCGUGGAAGAAAAGUUAGCAGAAGUCUCAAUCAUGAGAAUUGGUCUAUUAGUGAAUACAUCUAUGGAUGAGGAAUUUCAUGAGGAACCUGGAAAAGGUAUUGUCUUUUAUCUGAGUCCAGAGUCGAAGAUCUCAGAAGUUAUAGAGAAAAACAAAUUUCCAGAGGUACUCCAGGCCAUGCUAGGGGGAAAAAACGAACAAAUAAUGAAAGGAGCCAAACAGAUGAAAAUCAGAGCAGUUCUUAACUAUGAACGAAAUGGUGAUGACAGUGAUCAGGCAAUCGAAAUUUCAGAAACAUAUGAAGAGGAAACAACAGAAGAAAAAAUGAAACGCUUUGUAGAACAAGCAAAGAAUAAACUACAAUCAGAUCAUAUGUUAGAGGCAAAAGAAAUAGCACGAACGGUUUUUGAAAGACUAUCAGACGAAAUGGACAUCAACAUUUUCAAAGACCUGACAAAAAUAUUUGAAAAGUGUGCUGAUAAUUUUUAUGCCCUGAAGUGUUUUUGCAAAGAUCGAGAUGGGGACGAAAUGGACGCAAAUAAUCUGUUCAUGUGGGCUAAGGCGUUAAAUGACCUGAGAAAGUUUGAUGUAGCUUUGAAGAAAACAGAGGAAGCUAUUGAAGUACAUUGUGCACAGACAGAAAUAACUUUACUGGAUUUAAGAAAAUUUAGAGAUUCACUUAUUUUGGAAUGGAAUCGUGUGCCAAAGGACCAAGGCCAUGUAGACGCUGAAUGGUUAUUUGCAACUAAUAUAAGUAUGCCACAACAGAUGAAGGAAAAGGCCUUACAAGCCAAAGAAAAGCAUGUAAAGAGGCCUGGAGCACACCGCAGACCUAAGAGACCAGAAAAAGAGAAACCUAAAUUGUCACCCACUGAAGAAUUUGAGAAAAGUACCAUGUCUUUUGAAGACACUUCUAAAUAUAGAACAUGGAAAGACGUACCCCAUUACGUUCCUGAGCCAAUAGUGAAGAAAAAAAGAAGAAAACUCAAAAAGACAGUCAAAGAAGAAGAGGAUUACGACGUUGAAAUAGUAGAAAGAAAAAAUAGUGAUUCCGAUUCUGGACAGGCAUCAAUCAGUGAGAAUGAAUAUUCAAUCAAAAAGCCUUUUUCUUAUGAAGCACCAGAAUAUCAGAUUUCCGAGACAGAUACCUUUAGUGACAGUGGUUUUGAUACAUUUGACGACGAGGCUCAAUUAAGGUAUUCUAUUAUAGCCAGUUCUGAUAAAACACCCACAAACAGUGAUCUCGUUGUUUUUGGAUUAACUUUGACUGACGAUUGUAAAGCCAGUUUUCAGAUAAAAAGAAAAUCAAAGCCAUUUCAAUAUCAAAAUGAAAUGGACGUGCAGAAUCUUCUUCGCCUUCUUCAAUGGGACAAGAAUAAGUAUAAACGGUGUAGUAUUGAGAUAGAAUCAGCUCACAGAGCAGUAUGUAAAAAUUUAGAUUUGGCAGACGAUGUGAAAGAAAUUGUCAUUUCGGGAAGAUCAAAGUGUGGAAAGGCAUUUUCUGAUGACGAAGUAGUAGUAGAGGUUCUUGGAGAAUCUAAAGCGCAGAGUUCUAAUAUUCCCAGAUUAAAAAAAGAUGUGACUAAAGAAAUAAAAGACAAUGAUAUCUUUGGAAAAGUCCUUGGGAGAUUAAAAAGAAAUAGAUAUGGAGAUUUAGAACAUCCUGUGCUUAUCUGCUCUAAAGAUGAAUUUGCAGAUCAUAAGAUGAUACCUCUUUGUAAGACAGUUCCGAAAAUAAAUGUUUCUCAUAAAAAAUGUAAACACAAAUAUCAAGUAGAUUUGUUCUCAUAUGAUACAGAGAGAAGUGUUGUUGAAUAUCGGACAACUUUGGAUAUUAACCCUACACGUAAGCAAUCAUGCUGUUUUCUGGUUGCAAUUCUAAAUUGGAAUGACAUGUAUCCAUUUGGAAUAACGUUAAGUGUAAUAAACACAAAAGGGGAUAUAAAAUCAGGUCUUGGCAUCCUUCAGCUCCAAUAUCGUGUGCCCUGUACUUACAGUAAAGAAACCAGAGAGGCAACCGAAUCAAUAUUAGAAAAAAGAGUAAAAGCCCAUGUUGAAGAGAAAAAGGUAAUAAAAGUUUUCACAAUAGACGAUGGAAAAGAAGGUGCAACAGAAACUUCUUACAGUGUAAAUCUCGUAGAAUCAGGGCUCUAUCGCAUCGGGGUACAUGUAAUAGACCCCACAUCAGUCAUUAAAAAGGGGGAUGCCCUUGAUUUGGAAGCAAGAAGGCAUGGUUCGGACUUCUAUGUAAACAAAGAUAUACAUCCAGUGUUUAUGAUUCCUGAACGACUCAGCAAUGAAUUAUUCAACAUGGAAACUGGAAAAGAGAGGGAAGCGUUGAGUGUUUUUUUCGACUUUUCUAUUGACGAAGAGGAAAUUGAUUCUCUCAAAUACUCAGACAUUAAAGGGCAAGUAAAGAGAUCUGUUGUAAAAUCUGAAAAGCAGUAUAACAUCUCUGAUGUUCAAAAUCUCUUAAGCUCAAAGCAUAUGAAAAGUGAUAUUCAUGUAUUAUAUAUGACUUCUAGAAAGCUACGCAAAAAAAGAAUUGGAAAUGCGUCAUAUUACACGGAAGUGAACGAAAUGUUUCCAUAUGAGAAGAAUAAUUUUAUUGAAUGUAUAGAUGCACAUUUGUUAGUGCAAGAGCUGGACAUAUUUACUAAUCAAUCAAUUGCAAAGUUUCUUUUUGCAAAAUAUCCCAGGUGUGUACCUUGCAAGUGUCAUGUCCGCCCUUCUGAAAAACUACUCUUGAGAUGGAAAAAUGCUCACAAUGAGCAUAUGGAUAACAUCUUAUUUCAUCUUCAGGAUUGUGAAAUAGGUACUGGUGCCGUAUGUUCUAUUUUCAACUGCAAACCGAGCCUUAUUCGAUAUAGGCAUCAUGUACCUGUUCAAAAUAAUGUUUGGGAUGCAUUGAAAGAGUAUGCUAGAUUAAAACAAUAUGACAAAUUACAGGUUGUUCUUGGUGCAGAUGAAAUUCAUCCACUACAAAACUUGGCCCUUGAAGAAUGGAUCGAAAUACAGGAAGCAGCUGAAUACAAAUGCUUAAUUUCUAAGCAGCUUGAGGCACUUCAUUUUGAUUUGCGUGUCCCCAUUUUCACAACUUUUACCGCUCCGCUCAGAAGGUUUAUAGAUCUUGUCGUUCAUAGAAUGGUACAUGCAGCGCUUGACAACUUGAAAGAGCCCCCUUACAGCGAAAAUGAAAUUCAAAAAAUUUGUGUUGAGAUGAAUCAAACAAACCGCAUUAGAAAGCAGUUCCGAAAAAGUUGUUUGAAGUUAUUGUUUGCCCAUUCAUUAAGUAACGAUCCCCGUGUUUUCAAUGGCUUUAUUCGAAAUGUCACAAAUAAUGACGUUGAGUUAACUUUUCCUACGUUACGUAAAUUGAGCAGAGCAAGCAAGCUGUUACCAAUUAACUUAUUACAUUCAAAGCAGAAACCUAAAUUUGAAAAAGAAAUUGGUUUUGAUCGAUAUUUUAUGACCAUCAAAUGGCAAAACCGUAUUUAUUCAUUGAAUAGAAGAACAAAAAAUCCACCAAAAGAGAAUACUUAUCUCAGAAUAAAUCCACACCAAAAUGUCCAAUUUCAUCAGCUCAGACAGUGGGUAAAUAUCAUACAAGCACUUUUAAAUGGAAAAACAAAAAAUAUUCACUCACUAAUGUCAGCUGUCGAUCAACCAACUUCAAAUGAACAAAUUUCAGCAUCAUGGAACACAGUAAAUGAUGUAAGUUCAGAAAUUCGUGGUGGAUAUUUUGCUCAACAAAUAUGCAACUACAGCCUAUCAUUCAGUUAUGGUCAACUUGUUGUAAUUCAGAUGUGUUCGGAGCCAGAGAGAGGAAUAAUGACGCCUAUGCCACAACUGUUUGACAUAACACCAAAUAUAAAAAUCUGUUUACAACAUGCUAGAGAUCCUCUUGGUACUUUGUCCUCAAUAGCUACGAAAUCAACAAACGAAAAGUACUCUUCAUGUAGCGAAUACAUCAACAUUUGGAUGCCUAUAUUCUCCAUGGAAGUUGCAAUUCAAACAGCAGAUGAUGAUUCCAUUACAAUAAGUGAUUUGCCAAUCACUUUUCGUCUUGGAGGUGGAGGAUUUUCUCUUAAACAGUCUUUUCUUGAAAAACGUGACAUUCAUUUCACUGCACAUUCGACAGAUCUUUUGAAUACAGAGGAGGAUGUAAAAAAAGACAAUGAAGAAGACAAAGAACGAUUUUAUAUGCCUGGAUCUGAUUUUCUCUGUAUAAGGUGUCCUUUGGAGCCACUAAGCGAUGUUGUCAGCAAUUUUGGUAGAGGUGCUAUUUCCCCACGGCAAAGGUAUUGGAUAGGCCAUGCUCAAGUAAACGAUGUCCGAUUUCUAACGAAAAAAAACGAGAAUAAAGUCAGUGUAGCGUUUGUUUGUCAUAAUAAAAGCCCUCCAAUUCCACAGGAAAUUUUAAAUAAGAGGAAGGAUUGCAGUUUAGAAAUAUUACCUAAAGCAGAUGUCUGCAGGAGAACAGAGUUGUAUGUAAAAUGGUUAGAAAGUGCUUCAGAACUUGCUAAAGCUAUUGCAUUAAGAGGACCACUUCCGGGACUUGAUAAAAUUCAUAAAGAUUUAGGAGAUCAUGUGCAAGACCUUGAAAUCCCAAACACUGGAAUUACAUUCAAUGAGAACCAAAGAAAAGCAAUUAAAAAAGCACUCUCUUCAAGCUUUUCCUUGAUCCAGGGUCCACCAGGUACCGGGAAAACAGUAACUGGAGUUGCGCUGAUAAAUAUUUUCAGUUCCAUUAAUCGUCGUUAUUUUGAAAUGAAGAGAGGGAAAAAAGACUUCGUUGUAUUCUGCGGCCCGUCCAAUAAAUCUGUUGAUUUAGUCACAGUUUACUUAAAAAGAAGUUGUCCUCCAGAAUUAAAUAUUCUUCGAAUGUACGGCAGUUCCUUAGAGUGUAAAGCAUUUCCCAUACCAGGCAAAGUGUUUUCAAAAAGAAAGAGCGAGUCUGCACCAGAUGAGUCCCUUAAUGAUGUUACUUUACAUAAUUUAAUCCGAAAAUCCGGUAAUAAAUAUGCUGAAAAGAUAAGAGACUUUGACAAAAAAUUCAAACAAGGAAAAGAAAUAGAUUAUCAAGACAUCAAAGAUUACAAAAAAUACAUUAACAAAGCUGUACAGGAAGAAAUACCCAAAUAUGAUGUCAUUUUGUGCACAACUGCAGUUGUUACAAGUUCAAGACUCCUGCAUGCCACAGCCAAAUCAAUUUACCAGCUGUUGAUUGAUGAAGCAGGCAUGUGUACAGAACCGGAAUGUUUAUCAGCUAUCGUGGCUACACAAGCAAAGCAAGUUGUUUUGAUAGGUGACCAUAAACAGCUCCAACCAGUUGUCAUAUGUCAGGAAGCGGCAGCACUGGGACUUCAAAAGUCCAUGUUUGAGCGCUAUGCCGAAUCACAAACUUCUGGAGAAGUACUCACACUUCUAACCGAUCAAUACAGAAUGCACCCCAGCCUUUGCCGCUUCCCAUCCAACACAUUUUACGAUAAAAAGCUAAGAACAAAAGAUCUCGAGAAAUGGAAGAUGCAACAGCCACUUAGUUUGUGGCGGGAUCCAAAGAACCCUUUAGUUUUCUGUCAUAUAGAAGGCCAGGAGGAGUACCUUUCAAACACGACUGAAGAAGGCAAUGAGAUGUCUAAAUUCAAUAAUGCCGAAAUUGAUCAAGUGGAAAAGGUGUAUCAGCAUUUGCUGAAACAGGAAGGAAUAAGUCCUGAAAAUAUCUACAUCAUGUCACAGUAUAAUGCACAGUGCAGUAAAAUCAAAGAGAGACUGAAGAGAUAUGUUCCACAAGUCAAUACAGUUGUGGCAAGUCAAGGUGGGGAAUGGGACUAUGUUAUAUUUAGUCUUGUAAGGUCCUUACCAGAAUACCGAAUCGAACCUCAUCCUACAAAAGGAUGGUGCAAAGAAAACUUGGGCUUCAUCAUAGAUUACCAUCAAAUAAAUGUUGCACUUACAAGAGCAAGAAAAGGUCUAAUUAUGAUUGGAAACAAAAAACUCCUGAAAUGUGAUGACAUUUUCAAAACAUUAUUGGAUGAAUAUGAACAGAAAAAGUGUUUAGAGACUGCCGAUAAUUUUCCUCCAGUGAAAAAGAAAAAGGAACAACGAAAGGCUUGGGUUCCUUAA